CUUAUGAACAAUGAAAAAAGUUCUUCGUUAUGCCCUAGCGAUAGUAUCGAAGACUAAUAUAAAUCUGGAGAGGUGAAGGUUGUUGAUAAAAUCCAACAUCGAUCAGAACCAAUAUUUCCAGGGAAUUAAAAAGAAUAACCUUAAUUUUCAAGCUAGUAGGUCAAUAGAAAGGAGGUAACAUUGAAUGUACAAUUUAAUCAAAAUUCCUAAUAAUUUAACGAAUUAGAGGCUAAACUAAACAAUUGCAAAUAUUAAUACGAUUAGUUUGUAUAUUAAGUAAAUAAGAAUUAAUGAUUAUAGAUAGUCUCAAAUGUUUAUUCUAAUCUUGAUGGAAUCACAACGAUUAAAGAUUAUAAGCUUGCUAUUUUUCCUUCUCCUAACGAUGUUCCUAUACCAGAAUAAGUUGAAUAACAAAAUGAGCUUAAUAAAGAAAAAUUAUACAAUUUUUAUGAUAAAGUAAAAGUUUAAUAGAAUUAGUUGAACCAAUCUAAGAAUUAGAAUGGAACUUUUAAACUCCCCAUUUAAACUCUCUUAUUUAAAAAAUUAUCAGAUCUCUUUCCCAAAAAUUCUAUUGAUGAGAAUUCUUGCAUCACAUUAAUCGUUGAUGUAACACUUAGUUGAUAAAAUGAUUUUUCA